GUGAAAAUCCUUUAUUUUUCUAUCAAUUACGUGUUUACGUAAAAUAUUUUCCUUCGCAAUUUGAUAGAAAAUUUUCUUUCUUCCGAUACUUUUUGUCCUUGUCAUUGAAAAUAAAAUAUUUAUGACUAUGUUAUAAAAGCAAUGCAAUGAAGGAAAAAAAAUCACAUUUUAGACAAUGACAAUAUCUCGUUUGAUAUAUUUGUACAAUGACACAGGAUUGGAAAGAGAGAAAAAAAACUAUAAACUUUUUUUACAAGCUGGAUUUGAUUCUCCCUCGCUCGAUUUAAGAAAAAAAAAUGUGUAGGAACCAUUUGAUUUGCAAAACAUGCAAUCCUUUUAAAGUAAAAUGUCAUUUUCUCGGAAAAGCAUAGUUUAUUAAUAUUUCAUGCCCCGAAAUGUAUUCAUGGAGCCUUAAAAGCCUUUGAUACGUUUCAAAACGGAUUUGCCAGUUUCUUUUUACAAAGUAAAAAAACUCAAAAAGCUUUUAGCUUGCUAUUUAAAAGAAGCAGGAUUGGACUAGUUGUGCAAAAGAAAUGUUAAUUUUUGGUGAAUUUCUUUCUGCAUUAAGAUACUAUAAAUUUAAAUAGGCGUAUUUAACAAAAAAGGAGAUGAACUAUUUGUCUGAACGUGGGAUGUCAAAUGUCAGGACGAUUUACAUUUAGAUCCUGCGCAUCCCGUUGCAUUAACUUCACAGCUGUCCAUUUCUGUUCAUCUCAUCGCAGAAAGCAUGAGGCAUUAGUAUGCUGAUUGGAAUACCCAGGACUAUGCCAAAUCGUAAAUACUGGAUACAAUGGUCACACUGGUCCAUGGCACAGCUUCUGAAGUUGGUCACUAUGCUUUUUGGUGUUUUUCUUAUGAAUUGUAGCAACUGUAAAGUGGCUGCUGAAACAUUUACCAUAGGAUAUAUGACCAAUAUGCAAGGGCGUACCAACACACAAAAGCAAGGGAUAGUGAUUUCCGGUGCCAUCUCGUACGCCCUGGAUGUGGUGAACAAUAACGCAUCUUUUCUGAAUGGACACAAACUUCGGAUGAUAUACAACGACACAGAAGGGGGUACAUUGAUUGGAACAUAUGUGACAAUUCAGCAAUGGCGGGAAGGCGCCAUUGCUUUUUUUGGUCCAGAAGAUUCUUGUGCUGUAGAAGCAACAGUGGCUGCAUCCCUCAAUCUUCCCAUGAUAUCAUAUAAAUGCUCCGAUUCCAGGGUGUCAGACAAGAAUUUUUAUAAAACAUUUGCUAGGACCAAUCCCUCGGAUAAACUGGUAGUGCGGUCCUUGCUAGUCCUGCUCAAGUAUUACCGGUGGAGUAAGUUUUCAAUCAUCUCCGAAGGGAACAACCCCUACAUGUCUGUUGCUCAAAGUCUGGAGAAGCAGGUGUCCAACAACACCAAUUUCACCAUCAACCACAACGGCAUCAAAUACUUUCCCAAUCUGCACAUCUGCUGCGAGGAUAAGAAGCCCUGCUGUAAAGAUAUUUUUUCCGAAGUCGUCGAGGAGACAUAUAAGUCAACCAGAGUAUAUGUCUUUUUUGGACGAAUUUUUGACCUCAUCGAGUUGAUGACGAAAUUACAGAUGCGAAAACUUCUGGAUACGAGAGAAUAUGUGAUUAUUUACAUAGAUUUAGAAGCUUACUCUGAGUCCGCAUCAUACAGGUACUUCUGGCGUAUGGAUAUGCGUCAGCACUUGGUUGAUGUGGCCAUCAAAGCUGCCGGCUCUUUACUAGUCAUUGUUCCUACGCCUCCUCAAGACAAAGGAUACUCGGAAUUCGUGGAAAACGUCAGGCAAUACAACUUCAAAGAACCUUUCAAUUUUCCAAACAAGCUGCCAUAUCCUAAACAUAUCACAGAAUUCGCCGCUUAUUUAUAUGAUUCUAUCAUCCUGUAUGCUGAAGCUCUUGCCCAAACGUUGGCGGAGGGAGAAGAUCCAAGAAAUGGAACCUUCAUCAUACAAAAGAUCAUCAACAGAGGAAUGUAUCAAAGUGUGACCGGAGCUUGGAUGCACAUCGAUGAAAACGGAGAUGUGGAAGGGAACUAUACUGUCCUAGCUCUACAGAACGCUCCUCAGAACAUCACACUAAAAGGCCUCGGAGGUGAAAAGAACCUGUCGCAUCUCAUGCUUCCGAUGGCUCGAUUUCAGUAUGACGGUGACACGGGGGAACCGAUUUUCACCUUACUGGACGUGGAUAUUAUGUGGGAAGCUCCUUUGGAUGAACCACCCUGUGGCUUUGACGGAACUGGUUGUUUCGACCCACCAAAUCUUAUUCGAGAAAUCAUAUCUGGCGUAUUGUUCUUUCUCCUCCUGAUACUGUGUGUUGUGUGCUGGAUAAUGUAUAAGAAGUGGAAAUACGAACAAGAAAUAGCCGGUCUCCUUUGGAAAAUACCAUUACAAGACAUACAACGGUAUGGUUCAUAUGGAAUUGUUUCCUCAGAAAGUAAGACGAGUCUCAAGUCUAAUCUUUCCAUGGAAUCCAAAGUAACCGGUCAGGCCUUCACACAGAUAGCAUCCUACAAAGGAACUUUAGUUGCGACAAAGACCUUGAAAUUCAAGAGCAGAAACAUAGAAAUCCCUAGGGAAACAAAAAAAGAAAUGAAAAUCAUGCGAGAACUUCACCACGACAAUAUCAAUCCUUUCAUUGGCGCAUGUGUUCAACCUCAUUAUAUACUUCUAGUCACGGAAUAUUGUGCAAAAGGCAGUUUGAAGGAUAUCCUCGAAAAUCCUGAUAUCAAACUAGAUCAUAUGUUCAUUGCUUCAUUAGUAUUUGACUUAAUAAAGGGCAUGAUUUUCCUCCACGAUUCAGACCUCAAAGUUCACGGAAACUUGAAAUCUUCAAACUGUGUCGUCACCAGUCGCUGGGUUCUGCAAAUAACUGACUACGGUUUGGGAGAACUCACCACAGCAGCUGAAAAUGAAAUAUUCCUCAACUACGAUCAUUAUAGAAAACUUCUGUGGAAGGCUCCCGAAUUACUCCGCCAGCCAUCUCUCUAUCCCAAGGGGACCCAAAAAGGAGACGUCUACGCAUUUGCCAUCAUCUUAUACGAAAUCAUCUUGCGCAAGGGACCCUACGGACAAAUACAUCUCCCUGCCGAAGAAAUCAUUAUGCGGGUAAAAGAAGGACCUGACAAGAUAACCGGUAAAGUGUUCCGCCCACCACUGGAUGAGAUGGAUAUACAAGAUUACGUGUUACUGACCAUUACAGAUUGUUGGGCAGAAAACCCUGACCACAGACCGGACUUCAGGCAUAUCAAAGAGAAACUCAAAAGGAUGAAAGAAGGAAUGACAUCUAACAUAAUGGACAACAUGAUGGAUAUGAUGGAACGUUAUGCAAAUAAUUUGGAAGAUUUAGUAGACGAAAGAACAGCUCAACUCGUAGAAGAGCAAAACAAGACUGAAGCACUUUUACAUAGGAUGCUUCCAAAAUCGGUGGCAGAGCAGCUGAUGCGUGGUGAAGCUGUGAUACCUGAAUCUUUCGAUGCUGUAACGAUCUACUUCAGCGACAUUGUUGGGUUCACAGAAAUGUCUGCAACGAGUACUCCCAUGGAGGUUGUAACAUUUCUGAACGACCUUUACACUGUAUUUGACUCCAUCAUCGGCAAUUAUGACGUGUACAAAGUGGAAACUAUUGGAGACGCUUACAUGGUGGUCAGUGGUCUUCCUAUAAGAAACGGCAACCACCAUGCCGCUGAAAUAUCCAGCAUGGCUCUGGAUCUUCUGGAAGCGGUCAAAACAUUCAAAAUUCGGCACAAACCUUCACAAUCACUGCUGCUGAGAAUUGGAAUUCAUUCAGGUCCAGUUGUAGCGGGUGUUGUCGGAUUAACCAUGCCACGCUACUGUCUCUUUGGUGAUACAGUGAAUACAGCCUCCAGAAUGGAAUCGAAUGGCUUACCCUUGAAGAUUCAUAUUAGUGACCAGUGUAAAAGAAUCUUGGAAACCCUGGGGGGAUACGAGGUACAGCCUAGGGGAUUGGUACAAAUGAAGGGUAAAGGCGAAAUGCAAACGUACUGGCUGAUAGGUCAUGCAGUCACUGAACGCAGACGUCCAGUCCACAAAGGAGCCGUGCAGCCGCCUCUACUUUUUAACAUACGAGAAUCCGAGAACAGACGGAGGAGUCCCAAAACAGAAUUCCUGAGGCGAGUCACAGCUUCACAAGCCCACAGAUCCUUAGACGACAACACCGUUCUGUUCAAUGGUGCCAUUCCUGGCAAAACUGGUCUUCUUCGGGUCACUCAAGACAGCCCUUUGACAAGGAAGCGUCAUAGUGCAGCCGCGCCAGUACCCACUAAAGACACUUUUCAAUCUGACCCCUGGGAUGGGAACGAAAUGGGUUGUAAGGUCACCAACCCAGACAACCUCGAUGGCCACAACGACGUUUUUUUAAUCAACCAUGCACUUGUGAGUGAGUCGGAAUACAAAUCGAAUGACAGAGAGACAGAGACUUCAAUCCCCAAUGCAGGUGACGAAGUCACAAGGCCUCUCAUCAAUGCUCAAAAAAGACUGGAACAUUUGAAGAAAUUCAAGAAAAAAUAUCAACCCUGGAGGAGAUCUUGGUCAGCUGACGUUAUUGACCAGGGUUCGAAGGAAAAUAAACCAACUUUUGGUAACUUUCUGCGAAGCAUUCCAAGAUCACCGAUAGCAGCUGGAAAUCUUCAUACGCUGAAGGAAAGUGAUACUGAGGAAAGUGUUGUGUGAUGUGUUUGUGUUCCUGGAUUCUAUGUGCCAACCUCUGAAGCUGUGAUAUUCCUUUCACUUAGCUUGUAGAGUGAUAUAACUUCUGACUUAAAUCAUAACUUUUCUCUUAGGCAUGCUACCUACAGAUUGAAGCUGAAACUUCAAUCAGAUGAGAAUGCUGUCCCUAUCUGGUAGAAGAAGAAACUAUAAAGGUCACAGUUAAAAACAGACGUAUGUUCCAGAAAGUUAAAAGUGGCAAGUUUCUUCAUCUUAUUCGCACAGUAGCAAUUUAUGGCAUUCCUCUUGAAGAAAUGAAAAGUCAGUUAAAAAUUUUAAAGAAGACUUAGGUCAAACGAUGAAUUGUGCAUGAAUCUCAGUACUUAAUAACAUAAAUGUGUUUGUAUAGGAUAUAAACUUAUGUGUACGAUUCGUUAUUCUCUGUGUCUAUUUGCAUUUUAAGAACUGGUAAAAAUUAAGUUCGUGUAUUUAUAAAUGUAAAACAUGUUGAGAUAUUUCUUGUACAUCUGUUAAAUGUUGAAUAUGAUCUGAAACCUUUUUAAAGACGUGAAACAUUUAAAUCAGCUUAAUUUAUAUUUGACAUCAGCCAUAUUAAAUUAUUUCAAUAUGUGAAGGACAAAAACAUAUUGAAAUAUGAUGGAUGUAGUAAUGAAGUAUAUGUAUUGCUUGUUUGAUGAUUUUUAAAUGUGUGCUUCACCAGAAUUGUUAAGC